AUGGCGUAUAUAGAAUUACAUUACGGACCGUAUUUGGAAAGUGGAAUUAUAAAACAUCGUACGAAUAGAAUAAUGAACUUGUAUAAAUACUAUCAGAAACGUGGAAACGCCGUGGAACUUGUACCGACGAUAAAUUACGAUUGUUUGGAAGUCGUGGCCGGAUUACGAAUCGUUUUCCAAUGUAAAUUAACUUUUUUGAGUCAAUUGAAUUACGAAGUUUUCGGUGCUCACCACGAUCCGACAUUUUUAAAAGCGAUCAAAGUCGUCGAUGAAUUUUUAUCGAGAGUCGGUCACAUAGGGCCGAACAUAAAAGUCCCCGGGAUAUAUAAGGAAAUGUUCGACAUGUUUCAAAAUUACGAAUCGAUCAUCGUACACAAUAAUUAUCCGUGGAUACUGUCGGAAGUUGCCGUGGAAGGAGAUGAUUAUAACAGUAGCGGUUCGUCCUUGCCCGACACAGAGAAAAGAAAAAAUCAUUUCUCGUUUAAAGACGCUCAUUCUUUUUCGGGUAAAAUUAAGACUUUGAAAGAGGGCGCACAGACAAGGGCAAGUUCGCACAUGUGA